AAUCUCUAAAAAAAUUUAGGGCGAAAUCUAAAUAGCUAACUAGUUGUUGUUGUUUAUAAAAUACGUUUACUUGAAAAUACUACUACUGAAAAGUGACUUUUUCUUGCUCUGUUUCUACUUCUACGUCUACUUUCUAGUCUGUGCACUACUAAUAGAUAAUCUCUGAGUCCCUUUUUUGCUGUUUUUAAGGUCUCUUUCGCCAUCUUUCUGAUUCGGCCGCGCCCCUGCCGCCCUGCUAAUAUCCGUAUCUUCUCUGAUUAUAAAUAUAAAAUCAACUGCAUUUAAGUCGACUUCACAAUUAGUUGUAGUUUCAGAAAUAAUAUUUAUUUUGUUGCUGCAAUUAUUAUUCAGCUACAUUUAUAGUAUCUGUCAUAUUCUUGAAAUGGAGCAAUCUUCGAAACUUGUUUUGUUAUCUCUGCUUCACUAGUGGGUUUUUUUUUCCUUCUUUCUCUCUUGCUCUGUUUUUUUCAGUAGUGCUCUGUUUUUUAUUUUCACUUCGAGGACACAAAACAUACAGAAUAAUAGCAGAGGAGGAGUCUUUUUUUUUUUGCUUCAACAGAGAUCUAUCUAAGUUUCAAGAAAGAGAUAUCUCAAAAUCAAGAUCUGCUGAAAUUUAGACCUCUUCUCUUUAAAAUUAAAAUGUAUGCUGAGAAGCAAGCAGAGGAAGCUAUUGUUUCAAACUUCAAUGGAACUGAUCGUGAUGGGGAGGAAGUUGAGAAAUUAGGUGAAGAAGAUCAGUCUAUUUUCAGUGUCAAAAGCCUCCUCUGGCAUGGUGGCUCUGUUUGGGAUGCUUGGUUCAGCUGUGCUUCUAAUCAAGUUGCUCAGGUGCUGUUAACACUGCCAUAUUCAUUUUCUCAACUUGGUAUGGUAUCUGGCAUAGUGUUUCAAGUGUUCUAUGGUCUUGUUGGGAGCUGGACUGCAUACCUCAUCAGUGUUCUCUACAUAGAGUACAGAAGCAGAAAAGAGAAAGAAGGUGUCAACUUCAAAAAUCAUGUCAUUCAGUGGUUUGAAGUGCUUGAUGGACUAUUGGGUCCUUACUGGAAAGCAGCAGGCCUUGCCUUCAACUGUACGUUCCUUCUGUUUGGAUCUGUCAUACAACUAAUUGCUUGCGCAAGUAACAUAUAUUACAUCAGUGACCAUUUAGACAAGAGGACAUGGACAUACAUAUUUGGAGCUUGCUGUGCCACCACAGUUUUCAUUCCUUCUUUCCAUAACUAUAGGAUUUGGUCUUUUCUUGGCCUUGGGAUGACCACUUAUACAGCAUGGUACUUAACUAUUGCUGCUGUCAUUCAUGGCCAGGUUGAAAAUGUACAACACACUGCUCCAGCAAAGAUUGUGCUAUAUUUCACUGGUGCCACGAAUAUUCUUUACACCUUUGGUGGACAUGCUGUUACUGUGGAAAUUAUGCAUGCAAUGUGGAAACCCCAGAAGUUCAAGUACAUUUACCUAAUAGCUACACUCUACGUUUUCACCCUAACUAUUCCAUCAGCUUCAGCAGUCUACUGGGCAUUCGGAGAUCAACUUCUUAACCAUAGUAACGCAUUUUCACUUCUUCCAAAAGACAGAUGGCGCGAUGCUGCAGUUAUAUUGAUGCUAAUACACCAGUUUAUCACGUUUGGAUUCGCGUGUACGCCGUUGUACUUUGUGUGGGAGAAGGUUAUAGGGAUGCAUGACACUAAAAGCAUAUGCUUAAGGGCACUUGUUAGGUUGCCUGUGGUGAUACCCAUAUGGUUUUUGGCUAUUAUAUUCCCAUUCUUUGGGCCUAUUAACUCUGCUGUUGGGGCUCUUUUGGUUAGUUUCACUGUCUACAUCAUUCCAGCUCUUGCUCAUAUGCUCACUUAUAGAACAACCUCUGCUCGACAGAAUGCAGCAGAAAAGCCACCAUCCUUCAUGCCAAGCUGGACUAUCAUGUAUGUUAUUAACAUUUUUAUAGUAGGCUGGGUUUUAGUUGUUGGGUUUGGGUUUGGUGGAUGGGCCAGUAUGAGCAAUUUCAUCAAACAAGUUGAUACAUUUGGCCUUUUUGCAAAAUGUUACCAAUGUAAACCUCCGGCGGGCCAGCCACCACAUCCGGCACCUCAGGCCACCGUGCACAACUAGGAAUACUGACUUGGAUCCGCCACGCCAAUAUGUUGGAGAAGUCAACGAUCGAACUGCUCUUCAAAUAUUUUUGCAUGUAACCCAAAAUGUGUUAGUGUGUUAAUCUUCAUUUUCUUUUGUUUGUGUUUUGACUUUUUGUUCUCAUAGUAGAUAUGAUUAUUAACGUGUCGAAUUGCUGACUAAUUGGCUAUCAAAGGAUUAGCUAAUUAUUUGAAUCAACAUAUGCUAAUGUUAAUUAGUUCUUUUGUCCAA